UUUUUUUUUUUUUUGUGGUUACAGUUUUACGUUUUCACUUUCUAUGGGAAUGCUAUUUGGCGGUCCUUCGUUUUUGCAUAAUGGGUAAUUUGUUCGUCUAGUCCUCUUCCCAGGCAAUUUCUAGGUUUUUUAUUUUUUAUUAUAAAUUAAGUGUCUGGCCAGCUUACGCGCAUUCCGGGAACCCAAACCCACCGUUACCGCUAGCGGGGAGUCCGAUUAAAGCCGGGGAAGCCACGUAUGGACUGAUCCCAUUACCGUUGAUAGCACAUAAGAGAGUUGAUAGCACGUGAGACGUUUUGACCUCAGGAGAAACCAAAGUAGGGGCAGUUUCUGGGGUUUACUCAGUUUUUAUUUUUAAUGUGGUUUACUCUCUCUGCUGGUUGUUUAAUUUCAUUGUUCUUCUUUCUUUCUAAAUAUUCGUUUGGCAUGUUAUAUGAAGUGAAUUUGGCUGGUCUUACUUACUUUCAAAUCUGAACUCAAGGCCUGAAGUAGAAACCUGCAAAGUGUAACUUCUAAACAGCAUUCUUUUUUCUGAUGAAAUGGGAUGAUUAUAAAGAACUGGAGAGUCCAAAGAAAAGCACUUGAGGAACUGCGGGCUUCUGUCUUUAGCAAAUUGCAUUCGUUCGGAAGUUCAAAGCGGCAACAUCAACUGUUAUUGGCACCCACUGUUGCCCUCACAUUCAACUUUAUCGUUUCUGUUAGCAUUAUUUUGACUAACAAGUUGGUGCUUGGCAAAGUUGGGUUCAACUACCCCAUUUUCCUCACUUUUAUUCACUAUCUAUGUAGCUGGCUAUUGAUGGCUAUUCUGAAAGCGUUAUCUUUCCUUUCCACAUCUCCUCCCUCAAAAUCAACCAAAUACUCUUCGUUAACAGCUCUUGGUAUAGUUAUGUCUCUCUCUACUGGCCUUGCUAAUGUCAGCUUAAAGUAUAAUAGUGUUGGGUUCUAUCAGAUGGCUAAGAUUGCUGUAACUCCAACGAUUGUUUUAGCUGAGUUAAUGCUCUUUCGGAAAAGAGUUUCUUUCCAGAAGGUGCUUGCGCUUACUAUUGUUUCCAUUGGUGUUGCUGUUGCUACAGUAACGGAUUUGCAAUUCCACUUCUUUGGUGCCUGUGUAGCUGUGGCAUGGAUAAUACCAAGUGCUGUCAACAAGAUAAUGUGGUCAAAUCUGCAACAGCAAGAGAACUGGACUGCCUUGGCGUUAAUGUGGAAGACCACACCAAUCACUUUGUUUUUUCUAGUGAUUUUGAUGCCUUGGCUUGAUCCUCCGGGCGUCAUGAGCUACAAUUGGAGCCUCUAUAACUCCACAAUUAUCGGCAUUUCAUCUUUGCUUGGAUUUUUUCUUCAGUGGUCAGGUGCUCUUGCGCUAGGGGCAACUUCUGCAACCACCCAUGUUGUUCUCGGCCAGUUCAAAACUUGUGCCAUUCUUCUUGGAGGGUUUUUUCUCUUUGGUUCAAAUCCAGGCACUAUUAGCAUAUGUGGAGCAAUUACAGCUCUUGUUGGUAUGUCUUUCUACACUUGCCUCAACUUAAACCCGCAGCAGCAAUUGAUGAAAGCAACUUCCAGACAACCUCAGUACAUACUACCAAAAUCUAAACUCAGCAAAGAAAAUGCCGACAGCCAUGAGAGAAAUCACGGCGAGGAAUGUGUCUAACAUGCAAGAGAAAUCCUCACUAACUUCUUUUUGUUUCUGUUUAGAUCAGCGAGUCCUUACUAGAAAAGUUUGAUUGUUUUAUUUUUUAAGUUUCUGAUUUAGAAUUUUUAGCCCUUUAGAUUUUAAGCGUUGAAGGAAUACUUGUUGACAUGUCAUUCAGUCUGAUUCCUAACCUGAGAAUGUGUUCUAGGUGCCACUAUGUUUGUGUAUGUGGUCUGUUUUUUUAACUACAAAAAUUCUGCUUUCCGGCUAUCCAUCUUGCUUAGUUUUGUAGUGGGCUGCAGUUGAACUAGCGUACUCUUGUUUACAUUAUCCGUGAAUUCCUAUUGUUGCACCCAAAAAAGGAGGAAUCUUUGUUGUUGUUGUGAAGAGAACUUGUAAGAAUAUUGUCCAUUGUAAAUAGAGUUACGUGAUAUUGUACUCGCAUUCACAUUAUCCAAUACGCCCAUUUGCAUA